UGUGGCCUUGUCUACCGGAUCCAUCUCGUAGCCAUUUGUUAUACCCACUACGUUGCCUCUAUCAUAGUGUUCAUCUACAAUUGCGACCCACUUCAUCACCCAUACAACCAAAUCAGAUCAACAUUGUGAGGACAUGUAUGCAGAUACUGUUUAGAGGAAACUGUUUUUGAUAGGUCAUCAGUGGAGCUUUUGUGUUAUGAAUGACAUCAAUGGCAUGAUGAAAUACGGUGCAUUAGUUAAUGGAUUUGGAAAGUAUAAUUCAAGAAAAAGGAAGUCAACUAUGAAACCAUUGAGUAACGUCAUCACCAGUGAUGGUGUGAACCAGCAGGAUGGGAAAGAAAACUCUGUUGAUGCAUUGGACAAUGUUAAGCAGCCUAGUCCCAUGGCCAUGUUUAAUGGUAGCAGCGAACCUAUUUGGAGUGGAAUUUUCAAGAUAAACAAUGAAGCUUGUCUUAAGGUGGAUGCACACUUGUCAAGUAAAGCAUGUAAGAAAGUGGAGGAAUGUUCAAGAUCAUUGCAACCAGUACUAGAAGUAGUGAAGCUUCCUCGGUUGCAAGUCUGGCGAAAGGGAUGGGAGUCUUUAGGACCUACAGAUGCAUGCAUUGGAUUGUAUUUCUUCUCAUCUAAUUCGGGGUCAAAUGAAGUAUCAGAUGAACUAGUGAAUGAAGUAAUUGAGACUGACAGUGCCCUAAAAGUAACUGUUGCUAUCGCUGAUCUAUUGAUCUUCCCGUCUGUUGUGUUGCCAGAACAGAAUCAGUUGUACCAUGGGAAACAUUACCUAUGGGGAUUGUUCAGGCAAAGGAAUGACAUUUCUGACGAAGUUCUUCUUGGUGGAGAACAAAAUGGUUCAACAUGUGCCGUGCCCAUGGAUGAAGGGGGACAACAAGCACAACAUCUUUUGAACCAAGUAGAUCAGGCACAGCCUGCAUCUUCAGAACAAAUAACUUGUGCUAUGAAUGACAGUCAUGUUGAGAAUCCGCCGCUGGUCGAGAGCACCUGCGAGGCACAAAUUGAUGAGGCUAUGGACUGUGACAUAGUUGUUCUAGGUGGAGAACAAAAUGGUUCAGCAUGCGCCGUGCCCGUAGAUGAAGGGGGACAACAAGCCCAACAUCUUUCGAACCAAGUAGAUGAAGCACGACCUGCAUCUUUACAGAAAAUGGCUUGUGCUAUGAAUGACAGUCAUGUUGAGAAUCCACCGCUGGUCCAGAGCACCUGCGAGGGACAAAUUGAUGAGGCUAUGCAAACCAUUACAGGAGAAUAUUUUAUGACCUUGCCAGGCAGCAGUUUGUAUGGCACUAAGCAUCCAAACUCACCAAAAGCCGUAUCAAACUGCUCAGUGCAUCAUCCUGAAGAAGUGAGCCAGCCAGGAGACACCUUCACCUCUUCUUCAACCAAACCGAAUGCCUCAACUAGUGUUGCUGCACAAUUAGCUGAGAUGACUGGCCAUGGACAGUCCUGUUCCGGCUCGGAACACCUCACCGCAAAGCUGUUUGGACUUUGGAGUAGACAUUAUUGCCCGGAAGCCACCACGAGUGCAGGAGCUUAUCCAGGAUGUGGGUAUGUGGCUACUGAAGGUGCUCUGGUGGUCUCAGUGCCGGCAGAGAUGGUUACUACAGAUUAUGUCUCAGGUAACAGUCCUGCUGUAGGAGCUGGACUGAACCCUGUUACUGAUCACCAGCAGCGUUUUGAGGGUGAGCCUUCUCAACCUGAUGUGGCAGCUUCUCAAGCCUGCCUGGAGCUCUUCCCGGUCACGCAGGAGCAGAUGGGAUUGGCUGCUCCCAGGGUGGGAACCAGCAACAUUAUGGAAGUAGACCUUGAAAUGAGCCUUGGCAUGCCCGUGGUUUUGCACCUGUGA